GUUCCUCACAGAAAUUUAAGGAGUAUUUCAUCUUCCAUCUACUAUUUACUAUUGAUAUCAUUAAUUAAUUGAGUACUUGGAGAGUGAAAGAGUGGAACUAUUUAGGGUGUAUAAGAGAUAUAUAUAGAAUGGGAAAAGAGAUAAUGAAAGCAGAAACUGCUGAGGAGACAACCUUCAACUGGUCAUCGGAUGAGGAAAUUACAAAGAUGCCUUUGUUAGCAUUGAAUCAUGUUUCGUUUGUUUGCAAAUCUGUUCCCAAAAGUGUCCAAUUCUAUGAGCAAGUUCUUGGCUUUGUUCUAAUCCAGAGACCCUCUUCCUUUGAUUUUGAUGGAGCUUGGUUAUUCAACCAUGGAAUUGGAAUACAUUUGCUAGGAAAAGAAGAUGCACCAUCAAAGAAGGGAAAGAUAAACCCAAAAGACAAUCACAUUUCAUUUCAAUGCUCUGAUAUGAACCUCAUUAUUGAGAGAUUGGAAGAGUUGAAGAUUGAGUAUGUAACAGCAACUGUGAAAGAAGGUGGAGUCACUGUGGAUCAACUCUUCUUUCAUGAUCCAGAUGGCAACAUGAUUGAGAUAUGCAAUUGCCAAAAUAUACCAAUUCUUCCACUUUCCUCUUGUCCUCUCAAGAAGUUCAACAAAUAUCCAACCUUCAACCAAACCAUGCCUAAUUCUUUUUACGGCAAUGGAACCACUAAGAUGAAUUGCUUAGGGGAAAUGGAAUAUCUGAUGAUGGAGAACUUAGCCAUGAACAUGAUAGACAUUUCAUUUUGAAUAUUUAUGCAUAUCUUGUACGGGACGAUUCUUACCUAAUUCAAUAAAAUAAAUACACAAAUUUCACCUGUUAAGAUAAUAGAGGCUCAUUGUACUAUUGAUAGUUACUUCAUAGAUUAAUCAAACCAGUUUAUAAGAGGA